CUCUCCCCCCCCCUCCAAUUUCAAACUACCACCGGGUUGUUGAUAUAUUUUUUUCCCUACAAGGACCAUCAGUCACUUGAAGUCUGACACCUCUCAGCACUUGAUGGGCAGCUACGACAGCCAAAAGGCAGAAGAAAGGGUCUACUUGGGAGAAAGAAGAUACCCACAAGCAAGGAAAUAAGGAACUCUAGCCUCUCCCCCCCCCAAUGCAAACACAUCCACGCAGAUCUGUCACCCCGGCAUCUCACUAGCAAGCUGGGUUAGUACGAUGACUUGGUACAUUACGCCGGAAUGGACGGGGUCUCUCUGCCGGGCUUUGGAGACCCACACACGGGCCGGGGUCUGCAACACCACGCUCUGAACCAGGGGGGCCCUUACGGAUCCGCCGGAGUGAACCACCGGCCCGGCUUGCCCCCGGGGCUGGGCACCAACGACGCCUUGAAGAGAGAGAAGGAUGAGAUUUAUGGGCAUCCCUUAUUCCCGCUGCUGGCCCUGGUCUUUGAAAAAUGUGAGCUGGCAACCUGUUCUCCCAGGGACACUUCUGGCUCGUAUCCGGGAGGGGACGUCUGCUCGUCGGAUUCCUUCAACGAAGACAUCGCCGUCUUUGCCAAACAGGUUAGGACAGAAAAACCUUUAUUUUCUUCCAAUCCUGAGCUGGAUAACUUGAUGAUCCAAGCUAUUCAAGUUCUGAGAUUCCACCUUCUGGAAUUAGAAAAGGUACAUGACCUCUGUGACAAUUUCUGCCACCGCUACAUCACUUGCCUCAAGGGGAAGAUGCCCAUCGACUUGGUCAUCGACGACAGAGACGGGGGCUCGAAAUCCGACCUUGAAGAUUUUGGCGGCUCCUGCGCCAGCCUCUCCGAUCAGAACAACUCUUGGAUCCGGGACCACGAUGAGACGGGAUCCACGCACUCGGGAACGCCGGGACCUUCCAGCGGCGGGAUCGCGUCACAGAGCGGCGAUAACUCCAGCGAACAAGGGGACUGUCUAGACAACAGCGUGGCCUCCCCCAGCACGGGAGAUGACGACGACUUAGACCGAGACAAGAAACGGAACAAGAAAAGAGGGAUAUUCCCCAAAGUGGCCACAAACAUUAUGCGCGCGUGGCUAUUCCAACACUUGUCGCACCCCUAUCCCUCGGAAGAACAGAAGAAGCAGCUAGCUCAGGAUACGGGACUGACCAUCUUGCAAGUCAAUAACUGGUUUAUAAACGCCAGGCGGCGCAUAGUUCAACCGAUGAUCGAUCAAUCAAAUCGCACAGGUCAAGGGGCACCGUACAGCCCUGAUGGGCAGCCAAUGGGAGGCUACGUCAUGGACGGGCAGCAGCAUAUGACGAUCCGCCCCCCAGGACCAAUGGGGAUGGCGAUGGGCAUGGAGGGGCAAUGGCACUACAUGUAAAGCCCUGAACCCGCUGACAACACGAGGCAGGGAAGUUUCCAGACUAGGCUGUGUGCCGGGCAACAUGAACCCUACCCGGUUUUAUGGGCACCAGACUCCCGGCACAUCAGGGCCUCCUGCGCCCACAACUUCCCCUGCGCUCCGCGAGAAUGUGCCACAGACGGUUCUCCCUCUCCCUCUCCAGCCACGACGCACGGCCACUGUCCGCACUGCAACACCCGACCAGAGGAAGCGAAACACCCCCAGCACACCC